AUGGAUCUUCACUUGGCGGGAGACGCUCGAAAGGAAAGGUUAGUUGAGCUUGAGGAACUCCGAUUUGACGCCUAUGAGAGCUCAAGAUUGUACAAAGAGCAAACAAAGAAAUGGCAUGAUCACCGGAUUCAACAAAGAGAAUUUCGGGUUGGGGACAAAGUCUUGUUGUUCAAAUCAAGACUAAAACUCUUCCCUGAAAAGUUAAAGUCCAAGUGGUCGGGGCCUUUCUCAUUGUUGAAGACUACCCCUUAUAGAGCUUAUGAGAUUUUGGGGGAGAACGGUCCAUUUUGGGUGAACGGUCAGAUGUUGAAGCUUUAUCAUGAUAAUCACGCCAAUGGUUCCAUUGGUUGUUUGAUCCUUCGCUCACCCGAGCGCAUCUCGUAA